AUGGAAGACGACUCCGUGGAGCCUCUGGAUCCCAUCGUUGACGCCGAACGUGCGAGGCAGCUGUCACUCUUCCGACCUCUAGGCGCUGCCUACUACACUAGUUCUGUUUCAGUGCGCCCGGAACACUACGAUGUUCUCGUCAAUCGCGGUUGGAGAAGAUCGGGGACGCUGUACUAUAAGCAGAAUCUGCAAAGGUCAUGUUGUCCGCACUAUACGUUAAGACUUGAAGCAUCCGCCUUCAAACCGAGAAAGGAUCAACGCAAGGCUGUCAACCGCUGGACCAAGUUCGUUCUGGGUCCAGAAUACAUCCGUAGGGCAGCCUAUUUGUGCCCCAAAACGAGGGAAGAAAAGAAACAUCGAAAGUGCAAUUUCGAUCUGCUGACUGCGGUUCAUGAGGCCGAGUACAGCAACCUCAAGCGGCCCAUUGAUCCGAAGACGAAGAAACUGCUGGAGCCAGCCCAUCGAUUUGAGGUCAACAUAGAGGGAGACUCUAUUUCCCAGGCCAAGUUCGAUCUUUUCGUCAAAUAUCAAACCAAAAUCCACAAAGAAGACGUAUCCAAAUGGAAACAGAAGGAUUUCAAGCGUUUUUUGUGCUCGGGCAUCAAAAGGUCUCCCGCAGAUGCAAAGUCUGCAGAACGAAAAUUAGGGUCAUGGCAUCAAUGUUACCGACUCGACGGGAAACUCAUAGCGGUUGCUGUUUUGGACUUGAUGCCGAGCGGUGUGAGCUCAGUCUACAUCUUCUAUGAUCCGGAUUAUGAGCAGUGGGAGUUUGGCAAGCUCAGCGCCAUGAGGGAGAUUGCUCUUGCGCUGGAGGGGUCUUACCAAUACUACUACAUGGGGUACUACAUCCACACAUGUCAGAAGAUGCGCUACAAAGGCGCGUUUCGACCACAGUACAUCCUCGACCCCGAGAGCUACACCUGGGACCCGCUUGAAGGGGAACUAACCAAGAAGCUGGACGAGCGUCCCUACGUAUCUCUUUCUCGCGACAGACGACUGGCCGCACAGGGCCUGCCAGAGUCCACAGAGGCCGAAUCGGCAGAGGUAGAGAUCAAUGACGAGGAGAUGUCUCUGUUUGACCUGCACAUGCCCGGAGUCAUGACUCUCGAUGAGGUCAAAUCGCUGGAUCUGGACCACGCGCUCCUUCUGGUGCAGGGCUCGCUUGUUCACAUGAUGGAUCUCGUAGGAUGGGAACGAAUGCCUAUUGAUAACCCCCAAUCCGUUAAAGGCAUUGUCGCCGAACUCGCCGCGGUGCUGGGUAGGGAAGUUUUCAAGGAUUGUGCGGUGGUCUUGUUUGAUUGA